AUGAUUCAACUAAAGACAUUACUCACAUGCAUCGACAACUCCGGCGCCUCGAUCGUCGAGUGCGUCAACGUCCUGAAGAAGAAGCGGCCCGCAACGAUCGGUGACCGGAUAGUCGUCGUCGUCCAGAAGCAGAGAGCUGCUACGUCGGAAGGAUCUAGCGCUACCGCGCUCGCGAACAAGGUCCGUCGUGGAGAUAUUCGGCAUGCGGUCGUGGUCCGUGUGAAGAAGGAGGUGCAGCGGGAUGAUGGCACCGUUGUUCGGUUUGGUGAUAAUGCCUGUGUGCUGGUGAACAAGGCCGGGGAUCCUAUUGGGACAAGAAUGAACGGUGUCGUUGGACAGGAACUGCGCGACAAGAAGUGGUCCAAGAUUCUGUCGUUGGCGCCAGUGCACGUGUAA